AUGAUCGACAUUCCGGGCAUCUACAUCGGAGCCAAGCCACUGCCGUGCAGAGGAUGGAGCGGGAGGCGCGGGCGUGGUGACGGAUAUGCCGCCGUGCCGCUCGGCGACAGCUCGGACGUCGAGGCAAGCGAGGACGGUGGACCUGGUGUCGCAUCUGCAAGUAGCGCAUCUCCGGACGCAUCGCUGGCGGGGUAUGCUCCCAAUCCCGAGAUGGGCGCCGGCAUUGUGUCGCGCAUGUUCUUCACCUACGUCAAUGCCAUGCUCGCCACAGGCUACCUCCGCCCGCUCGGCCUCGCCGACAUGUACCAGCUCAUGCCCGUCGACGACCCGACAGUGGCGUUCCGCAAGCUUCGGCGCGGAUGGCUCGCCCGCGGUUCCGAGUCGGUUAUCUGGGCACUUGCCCGCGGCUGGGGCUGGCUUCAUCUGGUCAACUGGAUCUUCCUUGCCAUCGCCACCGCCGCAGAGCUCGCUGGCCCGCUCUUCAUCCACGCCAUCCUCCGCUGCCUGGCGUCGUCGGCAACGUGCGGCUCGAGCGUGUGGAUCUACGUGGUGGCGCUCUCGGCUACGCAAAUCCUCCGAGUCUUGGCCAACGCUCGCUUCAGCUACUUUAUGAAGCGCUACUGCACCGCAGCAAAGUCGGCGCUCCAGGUCGACGUCUUUGACUCGCUGCUCGGGCUGACCGCCGCCGGCUGCGACGAGCUCGGCAAGGGCAAGAUCAUCAAUCUUGUCGGCGUCGACGCCGGCACCAUCCGCGAGUCGCUCUCGUCGGUUCACCUUGCGGUCAUCACGCCUGUUCAGCUCGCGCUUGGCUUCUAUCUUUUGUUCUCGUUCCUGGGCGUCUCGGUCCUUGCCGGCCUUGCCUCGCUCGUUGCCCUCCUCCCACUCAACCUCAUGCUUGCCCGCGGGCUGAAGCAGGUCGAGAAACGGGUCAUGGUCGCCAAGGACGCUCGCAACAAGGCCAUCGCCGACAUGCUCGGCGGCAUCAGAGUCGUCAAGCUCCUCGGGUGGGAGACCUUCUUCUCGCGCAAGAUCGGCGCGCUCCGCGCCACCGAGCAGGCAGCCAUUCAGAGACGCGGCGUCCUCCUCGGCCUCGGUCGACUGCUCAACGCCAUCAUUCCAUCGCUGGUCUCGGGUGUCACCUUUGCUGUCUACGUCGCCCGCGGCAACGUCAUGACGCCGGCCGCCACCUUUGCCUCACUCUCGCUCUUCUCCAUCCUGCAGGGCCCACUUGACUCGGUUGCCCGCGAGCUCCUCGCCGCGUACGCGACAGGCAAGGUUGCUGCUAGCCGGCUCUCGAACUUUGCCGGCGCCCCACAGCGCCACCUUCCGCCACUGGCAGCCGAUCCGCUCGCGCCACGGGAACAGCCGCUGGCCCUCUGCGGUACCUACGCCUGGGCGUCGGACGAUCCUUCGCCAGUCCUGUACGACCUCGACCUUGUCUUUCCGCCCAACUCGCUCACCCUGCUCAUGGGCCCGGUUGGCUGUGGCAAGUCGGCCAUUUUGCUGGCGCUGCUUGGUGAGCUUGAAGUCCUCUCGCCGGGAUCGCCGCAGUUUCCGGCCGGCUCACCGCGUCCAGCCAUCGCGUACGCUCCGCAACGGCCGUGGCUCCUCUCGGCCUCGCUCCGCGCCAACAUUGUUCUCGACGCCGAGUUUGACGCUCCGCGCUACGCGGCGGCGCUCACUGCUGCCGGCCUUGAACACGACCUCACCCUCUUGCCGGCAGGCGAUGCGACUGAGAUCGGCGAGAAGGGUGUCAACAUCUCUGGUGGCCAGAAGCAGCGGGUGGCGCUGGCUCGGGUUCUCUACUCGCGGGCGCCGAUUGUUCUCCUCGACGAUCCGCUGUCUGCAGUCGACCCGGAGCAAGCCGCCACCAUCUUUGAAGCCGCCAUCCGGCCGCUCGCCGAGCGCGCUGUAGUCGUCGUCGCCACCCACUCUCUUGCGUUUGAGCAAAUCCCCGGCCUACGGAUCUACCAUGUCGCGGCUGGCCGUGCCGAGUUGGCCUCGCCACGGACGCUUGCUGCGCAAGAGUCAAGCAACGAGCCUGCGGCUCUACCGGCUGGCACUCUUCCCGACGACAACCGAGAGCGCGCGCCCCACGACGCUGCCGCCGUCGCGGCCGGCGCCAAGCUCAAGGUCAAGGAAGACCGGGCAUCGGGCUCGGUUGUUGCCAAAGACUACCUGCAGUACGCGCGCGCGCUCGGGUGGACGGCUGUCGGCACUAUCGCGCUUGGGCUGGUCGCCAUGGAGGCGCUCGACGUGGGACGCAACAUGUGGCUCUCCAAGUGGACCCAUGCCGCCAGCGAGCGCGGUGGCGCAGACAACAGCAAGUACCUUGGCGGCUACUUUGGCCUGAUUGUGGCGUCGGGAGUAGCCACGGCACUCACCGCUACCCUCGUCUUCACCGCUUCGGCUGUUGCUGGCACCAAGUACCACGCUGCGGCGCUGGUGGGUGUGACGGCGUCGCCGCUGACGUUCUUUGACGCCACGCCGCUCGGACGGAUCCUCAACCGGUUUUCCAAGGAUGUGGCUGACAUGGACUCGGGCGUCUUGCCUGUGCUUGUGAGGGUCAUCAUGACGCUGCUCAAGGCCGGCGCGGUGGUCUGCGUCAUCGGCGCGGCCACACCGUGGUUCUUGCUCGCCGUCCCGUUCAUUGCGCUGACCUACUACCCAGUCUCGGUCGUAUAUCAACGAUCAAAGCGCGAGCUCCAGCGGACCGGUUCGAUCGUCACCUCGCCGCUCAUCGCCCACGUUGCUGGCGUUAUCGAAGGUCUAGCCUCAGUCCGGGCUUAUGGCCUUGAGGAAAGCUUUGCGGACAAGCACACCCGAAACGUCGAGGCGACGGCACGGGUGUGGAACGGUAAGGUCAACACCAACCGGUGGCUCCUGCUCCGGCUCUCGCUCCUCGGCGGCGGCGUGGUCUCGCUCUCGGGCUGCCUCGCGGUCUCGGCGGCGUCGCAGGGCACGAUCACGGCCGCGACCGCCGGCCUGGCUCUGCUAUAUGCCUCGCAGCUGACCGGUGCGCUCAUCCAGCUGUGCGCAGCGGUGACGAGGGUCGAGGUGCGGAUGAACGCGGUCGAGCGGCUCGGUCAUUACUUUGAUCUACCGAGCGAGGCUCGCGCCGUGGGUGGGCCGCAGAACGGGACAGCUGCGGCGCGAUGGCGUGUUGUAGACGCGCGGGCCAAGGUUGGAAUUUGCGGUGCCUCGGGUGCCGGCAAGUCGUCGCUCCUAGCGGCGCUGUUCCAAACCGUCCCGCUCGCAGGGGGCUCGAUUCGCAUCGACGGCGAUGACAUUCGCGAGGUGGGCUUGGUUGCGCUUCGGCGGAGCCUGGCCAUCAUUCCGCAGGACGCGCAACUGUUUCUCGGUACACUUGCGUUCAACAUGGAUCCGACGGGCACGACUCGUCCCGAGGCGAUGUGGCAGGCGCUUGAGGCGGUCGGCAUGGCCGAGGUUCUCCGCGAUAAGGCCUACGAGCUCGACGCUGAUGCCGACCCGCUUGACCUUGAGCUGAAGAACAAUCUGUCGUGCGGCGAGGCACAGCUUGUGUGCAUGGCGCGGGCGCUGGUCCGCGAUGCCCGGAUCAUUGUCAUCGACGAGGGCACCGCAUCGGUAGAUGCCGAGUCGGACGCGCGGAUUCAGCACGUCAUUCGCACGGCCUUUGCCGACCGCACGGUGCUCACCAUCGCGCAUCGGCUGGCAACACUCGCAGACUACGACCGGCUCCUGGUCAUGGUGGACGGCGAAGUUGCCGAGUACGACACGCCAGCAGCACUGCUGGCGGCGGAAGACUCGAUCUAUGGCCGACUCGUGGCCGCACAGACAUAG